AUGGCCGCCUCGACGCCCGGCGGCCGCCUCGAGCCGCUGCGUGCCGCGGGCGGGCGCCUGCCGUCGCCGUCGUGGUGGUGUUCCGCGGUCACGGCGGCGGCGGCGCGCGACGCACGCGCGACGACGUUUCAGGCGAUGACGGCGGCGGCGACGACGUCGACGCACGGCGGCGACUACGCCGCGCGGCGGCGACGUCCAGCGGCGGGCGGCGGGCGGCAUCGGCGCGCGGCGGCGCGGCCGCGCCCCUGGGCGGCCGAGGACCAUGGCCUGGGGCGCGACCUGCGCCUGGCGGAGGAACUCGGCCUGGAGGCCACCGUCACCGCGCUGCGGCCUUGGGGCGAGGUACAGUUGCUCGGGUCGCAGCUUGACUCGCACGCCCCCUGCGAGGACGCGGCGGAGGGGAGCAACUGCUAUGCGGCGGUCAUGUACCUCAAGACCAGUGGCUUCAACAGGCACCCAGACUGGUACCCGGCGUUCAGCGCCGACUCCCUCUUCCAGGACGUGCAGGCCAUGCUCAACGCCACCGGCAAGUCGAAGUGCCCGAAGCCAUGUGCGGUAACAACUGCGGAGAAGACGGAGAUGAGAGAAGCGGGAGUGGUGCCGACGGAGGCGCACGAGGCCAGGUUCGAAGACAGGAGCUGCCACGACGUGGCGGAGAACGCGGAGGACCGCUGCUACCGCGCCAUCAUGUGGAUAACGACGAAGGGCAUCGCGAAGCACCCCGACUGGUGGCCCACCCUGAGCGCCAGCUCCAGCAAGAAGGACGUGCAGGAGGAGCUCCACCGCCAGAGCAAGGCGGAGUGCCCCAGGCCCUGCGGCCCCGGAGAGCGCGCGGCCCCAGCGCCGGCGGCGCGGGGUGCCACGCCGCCCGAUUCGGACUUCAAGCGUUUGAGAGACAUGACCCAGGAAGAGCUGGACAAGUACAUCAAGGGCGAGUGGGAUGGCAGGGCGACGACGACGGUGGCCGUGCCUGUGGCGGAGAAGGAGGCGCAGGCGGUGCUGGCGCCAGAGGAGGCCUCGCCGGCGGGCGCCCCCGUGGAGGAGCCGACGGUGGCGAACCCGUCAGAGGAGGAGGCGCAGGCGCAGGCCCAGAUGGAGGCAGAGGUGGCGAAGGUCUUGGCUGAUGCGGAGCCCCAGGUCGCGACCACCGCCGCUGCUCAAGGUGAGGCGCCGGCGAUGGAGGCAGAGGCGACGAAGGACACGGCUGAUGCGGUGCCCCAGGUCGAGACCACCGUCGCUGCUCAGGAUGAGGCGCCGGCGGCGAUGGAGGCAGAGGCGACGAAGGACAUGGCCGAUUCGGAGCCCCAGUCUGAGACCAACACCGUCGCUGCUCAAGGUGAGGCGCCGGAGAUGGAGGCAGAGUCGACGAAGAACACGGCCGAUGCGGAACCCCAGGUCGAGACCACGGCCUCUGUUCAGGAUGAGGCGUCGGCGAAGGAGGCAGAGGCGACCAAGGACACGGCCGAUGUGGGGCCCCAUACUGAGACCAACACCGCCUCCCAGGACGAGGCGCCAGCAACGGAGGUACGCGACUCAAGGGCGACCGAGCCUGAUCCGACGACGAAGGACCUGCAGACCGACGCGGAGGACGAGAUUGAUUCCGUCGCUGCUCAGGAGGCGGCGGCAGAGGUGGUGACGACGUCUGAGGAUACCGGAGACGAGAAGGCGGCGGAGAUGGAGGAAGAGAUCAUGAAGGGCAUGGCCGAUGCCGCGCCCCAGGUCGAGAGCAAGCCCGCUGCUCAGGAUAAGACGGCGGCGGAGAUGGAGGCAGAGAUCAUGAAGGACAUGGCCGUUGCCAGUCCCAAGGUCGAGAGCAAGACCGCUGUUCAUGACGAGACGGCGGCGGAGAUGGAGGUCGAGAGCAAGCCCGCGGUUCAGGACGAGACUGCGGCGGAGAUGGAGGCAGAGAUCAUGAAGAGCACGGCCGAUGCCGCGUCCCAGGUCGAGAGCAAGCCCGCUGCUCAGGAUAAGACGGCGGCGGAGAUGGAGGCAGAGAUCAUGAAGGACAUGACCGUUGCGACGCCCCAGGUCGAGAGCAAGCCCGCAGUUCAGGAUGAGACGGCGGCGGAGAUGGAGGCAGAGAUCAUGAAGGACAUGAGCAUGCACCUCGGCUAG